AAGAACCAAAUACAAAUAAGAAGGUAGCAGCAACCACUGGUUUUUUUAUGGGACAGCUCAUAAGAUUCGUAUCCAUCUAUUAUGCGCCCCUUUAUCUAGCUUUGGGUAGACCUCAUACAAUAACUGUCCUUGCUUUACCUUAUCUUUUGAUUCAGCUUUUCUUGAACACUGAAAAAAAAAUUUUUGCUUAUGGAUCUAAUAACCAAAAUUCAAUCCGUGAUCUAGAGAAUAUCUUUGUAUUCCUCAAUCAUCUUAUUUUUCAGUUGCUUAACAUUUGUAUUUUACCAAGUUCAACGUUAGCCCGAUUAGUAAGCAUUUAUCUGUUUCGCUGUAACAAUAAGAUGUUGUUUGUAAUAAGCAGUUUUUUUUGCUUGGGGAAUUGGACAAAUUUUAGUCAUCAAUUGCUUGGAAUUUUUAGUAGUCUGGAUACAGAAAAAUUUAGUAAUCUGGAUACAUAAAAAUAAUGUUAUUAGAAAGUACCUAGUCAGAAAUUCUAUCUUUUUUAUUUUACUAAAUUGUAGUUUUGGAAGUAUAGUAUGUAUUCUAAGUAUUCAGUCUUUAGGCAGAACACCCUUACCUAUUCCUACUCAGAAAUUUAGUGAGGUCUCAAAAAUAGAACAAAGGGAAAAGGAAAGGUUGCAAAAGGAGGAAGAAAAAGACGUAGAAAAAAAAAAGAAAUCCACUGAAGAAGAUCCUUCCCUUUUUUCCGAAGAAAAGGGUAUUUUGGAAAAAGAAUUGGACUUGAAAGUAAACGAACCGGACUUGGAAGGAUCUGAUUCUGAAUUGGAAAUCCUUGAAAAAUAUGAAAAUAAAGAACAUAUUGUGGCUCUUCUUUUUGAUUAUAAAAGAUGGACUCGGCCAUUUCGCUACAUAAAAAAUAAUAGACUUGAACAAGCGGUAAGAAACGAAAUGGC